UGUUUUUACUUUAUGGUCAUGUGCUAACUGGAUGAUGUGGGAACCAGCAGGAGGAGAGGGGAGUUUGGCGGGGUAGUUGUCUUCUUCAUAUGGCAGCAGUGUCGGUGAAAUGUUCCUGUGUGUGGCUGCUGCUGUGGCUCUGCGUCCGGGUGUCCGAGACCCAAAACACCCGAGUCUCUAUGGACGAUGACGUUCUGCUGCCGUACGCCCACGGCCACGGCCCCUCCCACUCUCACCGCCACGUCAGGGACUGUCAGCCCACCGUUCAUGGCAACGCCACCCACGAGAGCUGGCCCUCCAGUAACCACAGCGGGCUGCCUCUGGCCGAGUCCACGGUGUUUGUGACCGACGUGCCGGGAGGCUCCAGAUAUGUUUACGGCCACAUGACGGUCGUCCACGACCCGCUGAGGACGGUGUCGGUGCUGGAGCCGGGCGGGCCGGGCGGCUGCGGGAUGAAUCAGAGGGCCACGGUGGAGGAGACGGCCGAAGCUGCCGGGUGUUUGUACGCCCAGAACGCCGGCUUCUUCGACACACAUACAGGAAAGUGUCACGGCAACUUGGUGAGCAACGGCAGGAAGGUGCAGGACAGCGGCGGCGUGCAGAACGCCCAGUUUGGAAUCAGGAGGGACGGCACCCUCGUGUUCGGGUAUCUGUCGCAGGAGGAUGUUCUGGACCAGUCCAACCCGUUCGUCCAGCUGGUCAGCGGCGUGGUGUGGCUGCUGAGGAACGGCGAGGUUUACAUCAACCAGAGCCUGAAGGCCGAGUGUGACAAGACGCAGGAGACAGGGGAGUUCAGAACUUUUCUGGAUGUGGUUUCGGCCCGGACGGCGGUGGGUCACGACGCGGAGGGAAAACUCGUCCUGUUCCAGAUUGAUGGACAGACCGGAGUGAGAGGGAUGAGUCUGUGGGAGACGGCGGAGUUCCUGAAGAAGUACGGAGUGAUCAAUGCCAUUAAUCUGGAUGGAGGCGGGUCUUCCACCUACGUGAUUGAUGGCUCACUGGCCAGCUACCCGUCUGAUCACUGUGUACCAGACGGCAGGUGGCGCUGUGGCCGCCAUGUCUCCACCAUCCUGUGCGUGCACCGGCGGCGCUGCCAGCCGCCGGACUGCAGCGGACACGGAGACUGCGUGGACGGACGCUGCCGCUGCCACGAGGGCUGGCAGGGUCCCGCCUGCGACUCUCUGGUGUGUCAGCCGCCGGCCUGCGGCCCCCACGGCGUCUGCACCGCCAGUGGUUGUGUCUGUGACGCUGGAUGGAGAGGGAAAAACUGCAGCCAAGAGUGCCUCCCCGGUUUCUACGGCGACGGCUGCAAUCAGACCUGCACCUGCGUUAACGGCGGUUCCUGCGACCCCGUCCACGGACGCUGCAGCUGUCCGUCCGGUUUCCGGGGCAACACCUGUGAAGAAGUGUGUCCUCUGGGUUUCUUCGGUCUGUCCUGUGCUCAGGAGUGUCACUGUGACGACCGGUGUCCAUGUGACCCGCAGACAGGAAGCUGUAACGCCACGCUGCCACGAGAGACCAACUACACUUUACACAGAGCUGGACACUGUCUGGCCAAACAGAUGAUGGCGUCGUGGAGACGAGAGGAGGAAGCUCACAGAGAGCAGCCUCACCUAUCAGAGCGAACAUGGCUGAUCAUCACCGUCACCUUGGCCUCUCUGCUGUCAGCCAGUCUGCUGCUUCACCUCAUCCGGGCCUGUCGCGGCUCAGUGGCGGCUCACUUCCCCGAGCGCCGGGACUACUCCUACGUCCCGCUGUCCGACAUCAACGGAGCCGCCUCGCGAGCCAAAGCCGACGCCGGGAAGUCCCGUGGAGGGGGUUUAGGAUCGGGAAUGGACGACUCGGACUCUGACGAGAUCUGGUCUCCUUCACGCUCAGGGAGGUCGUAGCCGUGACGACGAUGAGUGAGGACUUCCACCGACAAUCCUGCUGGACUGAAAGAAGCACAACUGUUUUGUUACGACCUUUACACGCCGCUGAUAUCAGACGUCCUGCAGGUGCUGUAAGAAGAAGCUGUCGGCAGCUGGCCAGAUGUUCGCUCACUGUUCAGAAGUCAAAGCUUUAUUCAGUCUUCAUCCCAGCUCCAGGUAGGGCCGGGUUUCAGCUCCUCCUCGUGUCAACUCGUGAACUCUGACCUUUAACCAGGCGUCUGUAUCGCGAGGCCAGAUCACCGGGUCAUGCAGAUGUCUUUACCGUGAUCACCAUGGUAACCAGAUCACUGGUAAAAACGGAAUCAUGAUGCCUACAGGAGCCUGAGGUGGACAAAAGUAGUGAGUUUACAAUAAAGACUAAUUGAUCCAUCUUGAAUACAUCGGUAGAUUUACUUUGAUCCAUGUGAUGAGUGUCAGAAGCGACACAUCCCCUCUGACUGUAGCUCGCCACAUCAGCAGCUUAGUGGAUGGAAAUGAUAGAUGCACAAAUAUAAUGUAAAUCUUAAUAUGGCCAAGUGCAAUAUUCAUAUCGCAGCAGCUGCAAUCACUUUUGAUGAAAGGUAAAAUGUGUCGCAGCGAUGUGAGGGAACAUGUUUGUUACGAGACCCGACAGAAUGAAACGUCAAAUGUAAAAACCACCGGCUGAAAUCGUGACUCAGAUCGCAGUCGAAAUAUCUACCAAAUAUUUUCGCAUAGAUAGAUAUUCUAACUAUAUAUUGUCAGUUUAUCACGUAACAAAAAGUCUUAAAAAUCAUUUACAAGUACUGGACCUGUUACAAAUGCCACGUGUACGACUACCUCUGCAGCUCCAGUAGCUUCAGUAAAAGUAGAAAUACUUUACUUUAAAAAUGCUCCAGUACUAAUAAAAGUCCUGAAUUCAAAAUGUGACUUAAAAGAAAGUGCAGAUAUUAUCAGCAGGUCCACGUAAAGUAUUAAAAUAAAAGUACUAAUUAUGCUGCAUCAGUUUUUAUCACUAACAAACACAUGUAAAAGCAUUUAAAUGUUGUAGUUCAUCAAUGUGGAGCCAAUUAUAGAUGCUUUAUAUACCAUUGGUGGAGCAGUAAUAUAGUAACUAUAGUAACUAUAGUCAGUACAGUUGUCAAAUAAAUAAAAGUACUUUUCAAGUCCUUCAGAAACAUUCUUCAGCAUCUAAAGACGGCUGAAUAUCACUUUGCUGAGCAGUGGUUAACCUUACACUUCUGAUGAUGUCGCCCGUGAUGAAGAGCUCCGCCUCCUUCACGUGAACAUCUUCAGGCUGAAGGGUGAAACAGAACCGGCUUCAUGAUUCCAGUUUACCCAGGAUCAGUGAGGCAGGUGACCCGGAGAGAAGCGGCUUCGUGAUACAGACCCCAGGAAGGGGUUUCUCAGCUCGUUGCCCUGGUAACAGAUGAACCGUCAACUCGAGCCAGGAAGCUGCAGAGCUUCAAAACAGACUGUCAGUUAGAUUUUAUCAGACGAUUUGUCUUGAACACCAGGAUUUUUACAUGUUUUCUUACAAUGCAAUGAGCUCCGUGUCUGAAUGUAAAAUAACUAUGAAUCAUAUUCGAUGGAAGAAUCGAGAAGCACAACGUUUCCAACACGUCCUCCUGCGGACACACCGAACACACACACACACACACACACACACACACACACACACACACACACACACACACACACACACACACUCUGCUGUCACAUUUCAAAGAAAGUUUUCCGUCUGGCACCAAAUGAACCACAACUGAAAUGUUCAGGUUUAUAACUUUAAACUUCUGUAGAAACAUGAGGACUGUGUUUUUAGUCUGGAACAUUCUUUAUAUCUACUUUGUAAAUGUGACCACAAAUAAACGUAAAUAUCUAAUUCA